CAAAAGGUCGCGGGCGUUUGUGUCCUCCUUUGUCCAGCCAAGGAACCCACAUUUCCUCUCUGACCUCCUGGCUUCUCUGAGGACACCCUAGGGCUGGUCCCUGCCCUUUUAUAGGUGGCCGGGGGGAGCAAUAGGAGCGCUUUAGCCCGCUAAGUCCGGGAAAUACCUGCUUUCCUGUAACCCGCAACUCUCAGUUAUGGGGAUAAGGAAACAGGGCAUCCCUGGGGAACCCUUGUGUUUGAGAACGAGGGCCGCCACAGAAUUUUUAGUUGUGUGAUUCUGGGGAGACCUCUCCCUCCUUCCCAUCUCCUGACUGACCUAUCACCGUCCUUCAGAAGCUGAAUGCAGGGUGUUUCCCUCUUAGGCUGACACUUGACUCCUUGUCUACGGUUAGCUUAGAGAGGGACAUACAUACCCUGAAAAGUGUGGGUGACACGUACAGAGCACUGUUGGACCUGCAGGCAGAUGGCCCUUCUUCAGGCCAAUAAGGAUCUCAUUUCCAAAGGAAUGAAGGAAUUUAAUGCUCUGCUGAAUCAGCAGGUCUUCCCUAAUCCUUCCAUCCCUGAAGAAGCCAUGGUGACUAUAGUGGAUGACUGGGUGAACUUCUACAUCAACUAUUACAGGAGGCAGGUGGUGGGGGAGCAGCAGGAGCAGGAGAGAGCUCUACAGGAACUUCGGCAAGAGCUGGAUACUCUGUCUACCCCUUUCCUGGCCAAAUAUAGAGCCUUCCUGAAGUCGUUGUGAGCAUCUAAAUCAGCCCACUGCCUUCUCCCUAGCCCAGAAACCCAGGCCAGCGUCCCUAAGAAACUCUUAAAUCCUGCCUCUGUAUUCUUCAAGUGCUCAGGCUCUGCUUUUUCAUGGGUUUUUCUACCUUGACACUUAAAUAAAGACCAAUUGGUUUGCUGGUC